GCGGACCGUAACCCGCAGCCCGGCCCCUUCUCUCAGGGGCUGGGAUCACGGAGCCGGGACCGGCUGGCUGUGGAGUCCAACAUGGAAGAGUUUAAAGAUGCAAGUUCACCUGAAGAGUUACUUGAUCAAUUAAAGCUUUCUGAUCAGAAGUCUUCAGAGACUGGCCCCAAAGACACACAGAAUCCCCAAAACACUGAAAGUGGAUAUACACCAUCCUCAGCCAAAGAUCCCACAACAGUUGAUGAGUGUUUCCAUGACUGUCAUGACUCCUUUGAGGCAAAAGAACCUGUACUGGAUGAUGAAGGGAAUUUACAGAAUGAUGAGAAUAGCUCAAGGAAGCAGACAGAACUAGAUGAAGAAUACUUACUAGAACUAGAAAAAGAUAUGCCAGAGGAUGAAAAACAGAAAAGAAGAAAGGAGAGCACAACACUGAAGGAGAAAGGAAAUGAUCAGUUCAAGAAAGGAGACUAUGGAGAAGCAGAAGAUUCUUACACGAAGGCGCUGCAGAUUUGUCCAGCCUGCUUCCAAAAAGAUAGGGCUGUUUUAUUUUCAAACAGAGCUGCUGCAAAAAUGAAACAGGACAAGACAGAAGCUGCCCUAAGUGACUGCAGCAAAGCAGUGGAAUUAGAUCCUAACUACAUUAGAGCUUUGCUGAGAAGAGCAGAACUAUAUGAAAAAACAGAAAAACUAGAUGAAGCUCUGGAAGAUUAUAAGGCAGUCCUAGAAAAAGAUCCAUCAGUUCAUCAAGCCAGAGAAGCUUGCAUGCGAUUACCUAGACAAAUUGAAGAGCGGAAUGAAAAAGUAAAGAAAGAAAUGUUAGGCAAACUGAAGGAUUUGGGAAAUUUGGUUCUCCGCCCCUUUGGCCUGUCAACAGAAAAUUUCCAGAUAAAACAGGAUUCAUCAACUGGUUCAUACUCCAUCAAUUUUGUUCAAAAUCCAAACAACAAUAGAUAACAUGAAUUCAAUCUAGUUCUGCUGGUUUUCAGGCUUUCUGAUCGUGUACUUGCACGUACCAAUCAAAGGAUUCAGCAAACAUUCUUCAUGCUCCCCAAGUGAAGAUAAGACUCGAGCAUAUUCAUUUCCCUGCUUGUGACAUUAUUUACAAUGUGGAUGUAGAGCAAGUCAUUUGACUUCUCUUAGUGCUAUGUCCAGUGUGUGAUUUAUUACUUUUUUAAAUUUUUUUUUCUUCCCUUGCAGUGUUUGGCUUAUCCAAGUCAGGUUCAUUAUUUUGGCCCAUUCAAUGCUGGCACCAAAAUUCUGUCAAGCGAUGCAGUUGAAUCAAAAUGCUCACGCACCUGUAGCCAAGAACAAAGCCUAAUUGUGUCUUGGGGAAUUAAUGAAUCUAGCAGAAGCACUUCUCCACACUCAGCAGGUGGAUAUGACUGCCAGCAUGCAUGGAAGCAAGCCAACUUCUGUGGAAUAAUUUUUCUUUGUAAUAAAGGCUUGGUAUUUCUGGUG